AUGGACUUCCACAGGAAUGACAGAGUGGGCCUCCUGUCUCCUCUAGAAGAGUCCAGCGCAGAGAUCAGCCGAGACAGCGGCAUAGUGUCACAAAGUGCGAGUAGUUUGUCGAUGGUGAGCGACAUCUGGAGCAGCGGAACUGUGUCGCAGAGUCCCAGCUUCGGAGCAGCAGCGGCGGCUAACCUGGGCGCACACAGCCCGAGUCUGGGCGAUGCUCCGGGGGCAAACUCCGACGGACGGGUGCAAGUAGAAGCGGAGGAGGACAAGGAACUACUGCGGGAAACAGCGGCAAGCUAUUCGGCCUACAUACGAGCCACUGCCGGGGAAGAGGUCUUGUGUCUGGAGAAAAGUUUGGAAGAAAUGUUGACGAGAGUGGAUGAAUUUGUCGGGAUGUUAGAUAUGAUUCGGAAUGAUACAUCUCAGAUUGUGAAUGAAAACCUACCUCAAAUCCAACAGAAAUCUGAAGAAAUGAGACAAAUAUACAGGCGGAUAGAUAAACUAGAGGCCUUUGUGAAAAUGGUUGGAGCCAAUGUUAAUGCGAUGGAAGAGCAGGUCACGCAGGCAGAGGGAGAACUAGGAACAUUACCCAGUGCUUUCAAAAAAAUGUUCCGAACAAUGACAGUUCCCACUUUUCUAAAUAAACAGUCCAGCCCGAGACGACCAGCUGCGCAUCAGCGACAGGAGGAAGCGGGAAUCCCAGCACAGGCUGUGACUGCUGUGUCUGCACACUGUCCCCACGCUGACUCGGCCUCGUUUUCAAAAGUCGGAUAUAACUGCAAAGGUCCAGCGCUCGUCAUGGACUGGCAGGAGCUUGGGAAGAUUUUUGUCCAAACUUACUAUCAACAGUUCGACAAUACAGAUAGAAGUAGUCUUGGUUUGAUUUAUUCUGAUUCUGCUGUUUUGACAUGGGAAGGAACGCUAUUUCAAGGACGUGAAGCUAUAUCCGGGAAACUAGGAAGCCUGCCUUUUAAGCGAAUUAAACAUAUCAUCACUGGGCAAGACUUUCAACCCACAGUAGAUGGAUGUAUUCUGAUCAUGGUGUUCGGACAAUUACAGGCAGAUGACGAUCCUCCUAUGGGCUUUCACCAAGUGUUCAUGUUGAAGUCGGCGAAUGGUCAAGCGUGGGUGUGCACAAAUGACGUAUUUCGUUUGGGAAUACAUAAUAUUGCUGUGUAG